AUGAGGAGCAGAAGAAGAAGGAACCGGAAAAGGAAGAACAACAAUUGUAAAGUCUUACCACCGGAGCUGGAUUUACCACCAGAGUUAUGGACGGACGUAUUGGCGAGGCUGCCGGCGAAAACUCUGGUAAGAUUCAGGUGUGUUUGUAGAGCUUGGUGCUCUAAGAUCGAUAAACCUGAAUUCUUAUCGAUGCAUCUUAGUCUUUACAAGAAUAAUGUUGACAAGAAUCGUUUACUAGUUAUGGAGAAUUCGAAGGGAUACAGUACACUUGAAGUUCGUCAAAGAGAUAAGUAUGAUGAACCAAGGUCUUACAAUAUUAUAACUCAUGAAAUACGACGUUUGAGAAAAUCUAUACCCGGCCUGAGGAGUCAUUUUGUGGAUACUUAUGUUGAGAGUUUGGCUUUGUGCAGUGGACGUGAAGAUCAAACUUUUUUAUACUAA